AUGGCUGGCUUACUUCGCCUGCUCCGGGCACAGUAUAGCGUCCCAGUCGACCCAACAGUCUCCUUCGUCGGCAAGACCGUUGUCCUAACUGGAGCCACGUCCGGACUAGGCUUCGAAGCUGCCAUCAAGCUUCUAAAUCUCGGGGUGGGGUCGCUUAUCAUCGGCAGUCGCAACUUGGAACGAGGCCAGGCGACCAAAACCGAGCUAGAAAAGCGUACCACUAGACAAGAUGUGAUCCAGAUCUGGGAGCUAGACAUGAACAACUUCCAAAGCGUCAAAACCUUUGCGAGUCGCGUUCAGACAGAAAUCAAGCAGUUGGACAUCGCACUACUAAACGCAGGCCUGUGGAAUAAAGAAUACACAUCAUCGCCCGAAGAAUGGGAAGAGACAUUACAGGUGAACACGCUGUCCACCUCGCUAUUGGCGAUUCUGCUCCUCCCGAAGCUGAGAGACGGCGCAUCUGACUCAACGCCGGCGCAUCUUACUGUUGUUUCCAGCCAGCAGUUCGUCCGAGUCAAGGCCGCCCGCCUCCGGACGGAAGGGGCGUUAUUAGAGCAUUUGAAUGAUCCACGGCGCUUUAGCGGCCCAAAGCAGUACGGUAUCUCGAAGCUGCUGUUGGAGUAUGUUCUGAAGACGGUGGCCGAUCGGGUACGGAAUGAGAAUGGGACUCUCCCUGUUGUUGUUAAUACAGUAAGCCCGGGGCUGUGUGUGUCAUCGCUUGGACGGCAGUAUGACCGAUUUUAUGAGCGAUGGUUUAUCUGGUUACUAUAUAAGCUCUUUGCUCGCACGGCAGAGCAAGGGAGCCGGUCGCUGGUCAGUGCCACAUAUCAGGGAGCGGAAUCGCACGGGAAAUGCUGGAGGAGUGAUGGAUAUUUGGAUGAAUCCACAGCGCUGACGACGGGGACGGAAGGAAGGCAAUUUCAAGAUAAGGCUUGGAGAGAGAUCAUGGAGGUCCUCAGACAGCAGUCGACGGACAUUGAUAUGCUCACCGCUCAGAUGAUCGGUGCCAUGCAAACCGGCCCCUCUCAUCAUCACCAAAGUAAACCAUCUCGGCCAUCUCCCAACCCAUCGCCCAGCGGAGUGCCCCCUCGAGUUCCCGUUACCAGUGCACACAUGAACAAGCCGUUGCCCGCACCGGCUGCCACUCAACAUCGGACUCAUACGCUACAUCCAUCACCACCACCACAAAAUUAUGGAUUCGGGCCCCCCCCUUCCCAGCCGAUGCACAAUCGCCCCCAACCCUUGUCGCGUCCCCCGCGAUCCCCGAACCAACCUCCGUUGUCUGUCCCUGACGACGAUCCGCAACAGCUCUUUCCUUUGUUUCGCGCCGCCAACUCGUCCCACACCGGCUCACUGACCGAGCUGGAGCUGGGCUCCGCUCUGGUGAAUGGCGAUUUCACCUCGUUUCACCCGAAGACGGUGAAGAUGAUGAUCCGCAUGUUUGACCGGAACAGCAGUGGGACGAUCUCGUUCGACGAAUUUGUGUCACUCUGGAAGUACCUUGCUGCAUGGCGGGAGCUUUUCGACCGGUUCGAUGUGGAUCGUAGCGGGCGCAUCAGUCUGCAAGAGUUCGAGAACGCACUCCUGGCGUUCGGAUACCGUCUAAGCCAGCCGUUUGUGACGGUGCUCUUCACCACGUUCGAGAGCAAGGGACGGCGGAUGAAUGGAAAUGGACCUGUUAACCCGGCUAAGAUGGGAAUGAGCUUCGACCUGUUCGUGCAGGCGUGUAUCAGUCUAAGGCGCAUGACAGACGUGUUUAAGCGUUAUGACGAUGACCGUGAUGGUUACAUCACUGUGAGCUUUGAGGAGUUUUUAACUGAAAUUCUGCAACUACAGGACUAG